AUGAGCGCAAUCGAGCCAAUCGCUUCGACGACCUCAACGAUAGCGAAAGAUGGGAAUUCUAAGGAAAUUCACUCAAUACCCUGCUCGAUGGAUUAUACGGGACCGGCUGCCGUGCAAAGUUACUUCUUCCAUGAUGUGUGCCCGGAAACAAAUGUCCUGAAGGCAGCACUGCGCGGGCGAGGACUAGACGGUGGACUGAUUCAAUCACCAAGCGGAUAUGAGUUCGUCGUUCUGAAGCCACGAGGAGUACAAGGUUCCACUUAUGACGUCGAACAAACGACAACUCGCAUACAUGUUUGGGAAUGGGAUAGAUCUGUAGGUGAACGAACGUCUCUCAAUAAAGCCUUCGCCUAUCUGCCGAUCGCUGAAGCGUUAGCUGGUGAUGAU